UUUGAUCGUUUAAAACAAAGAAAUUGUUCAAUUCAAAUAAAUAUUGAAUUUAAAAAAUUAUUAAAAAGAGGAAAUUCUUUUUAAAUAACCGUAUGCACAUACAAACGAAUUAAUUUGUUGCAUUUUACGCCACUGAACGAUUUCAAAUUGAAAGCAAAAAAGCUUCAAACAUAAAACUUAUUGCGCUAAUAGUUAAUUGAUAUUCCAGUCCUUUUUGGUUUUUAAGGAUGAUCAGAAGAAUAGGAGUAGGUCUUCUUAUUCUACUGGUAGUCAGUAGUAAAACAUCAAGUGUUAAAGUAUCCACCACUGGCUAUCACAUAGUACACAACGAACACAAUGGCAACGGAUUUCAUGGUUAUAAAUAUGGAGCAUCAGCUCCACCCCUAGCAUUGCCGUUAAUUGGAAAUGAAGUGCCACAUAAUUUUGGACCAACUUCCCCAGCACCGGGAAAUCCUUUCGUAUCAUUGUCUGGCGGCAAUCCAUUGUAUGGACCACGUUACCCACAACCAGGUCAAGCAACAUGUGCUCAACCUCCAUCAGUUUGCGAAAAAUCGGCAUAUCGUACACUCGACGGUUCGUGCAAUCAUUUAGAGCAACCACAAUUGGGCAUGGCCAAUCAAAGGUAUGGACGUUUGCUCUCACCAAAGUACGCAGAUGGGAUUUCAGCCCCAACUAGAUCGAUAACUGGCCAGGAUUUACCCAAUGCUCGUUUAGUAUCGCUGGUGGUAUUCGGAGAGAUGGAUGUACCCGAUCCCGAUUUCACUCUAGUCAAUAUGCAAUGGGGUCAGAUAAUAACGCACGAUAUGUCUAUGCAGGCUGGUGGUACCCAAUCGAAAAAACAUCCAACACGUUGUUGCACCGACGAUGGUCGAUUAGUUGGCAAUGAAUUGGCUGACAAGACAUGUUAUGCGAUUUUAGUGCCACCACAUGACCCAGCCUUCUCCCAAGUUGGCACCGAAUGUUUAAAUUUCGUACGUACUCUAACGGACUUGGAUGCCAAUUGUCCCGACAAUCAUGGAGGGCCAGCUGAACAGCUUACAGUCGUUACGGCUUACAUGGAUUUAUCGUUGGUUUACGGCAAUUCUAUACAACAAAAUAGCGAAAUAAGAGCUUUCCAAGGUGGACGGAUGAUUGUUGAAGAACGUAAUGGGGCUGAAUGGCUGCCGUCGUCACAAAAUGUUACGGGCGAUUGUGAUGCCACCGAAAUCAACGAAGUUUGUUAUAGAGCUGGCGAUAUUCGUGUCAAUCAAAAUCCCGGUCUAACAAUUUUACAGACCAUUCUUCUUCGUGAACACAAUCGCAUUGCUGACACCUUGGCCAAACUCAAUCCCCAUUACGACGAUCGUACCCUGUUCCAGGAGGCUCGUAAAAUCAAUAUCGGUCAAUAUCAGCACAUUAGUUAUUACGAAUGGUUGCCCAUAUUCUUGGGUGCCGAAAAUAUGUUAAAGAAUCGUUUAAUUUAUAAAGUACCAGCGGACACUCAUGUUAAUGAUUUUGAUAACAAUAUUGAUCCAUCUGUUUUGAAUUCACAUGCUACGGCUGCUUUCAGAUAUUUCCAUUCACAAAUUGAAGGAAGAUUAGAUUUAUUAUCAGAACUUCGAUCUGUUUUGGGCUCUUUACGUUUAAGUGACUGGUUUAAUCGACCUGGUAUCAUUGAAGUUGGCGACAACUUUGAUUCACUAACACGCGGUCAUGCCACACAGCCAGAGGAAUUAACAGACAUUAACUUUGAUCGAGAGAUUAAACACUUUUUAUUUAGACGUAAUAUGCCAUUUGGCGGCGAUUUGAGAGCUAUAGAUAUACAACGCAAUCGUGACCAUGGUUUGGCCUCCUACAAUGAUUUUAGAGAGUUUUGCGGUUUGAGACGAGCUCACAGCUGGGAGGAGUUUGCUGACCUUAUUGAUCCACAAAUCAUUGAAAAACUAAAGAAUUUAUAUGUCAGUCACGAGGAUGUUGAUGUUACUGUUGGUGGUUCACUGGAAUCACAUGUUGCGGGAGCUUUAGCUGGUCCAACAUUCCUGUGCAUAUUAACUGAACAAUUCUACCGUACACGAGUGGGUGAUCGUUUCUUCUAUGCGAAUGGCGAUAAAUAUGCUGGUUUUACUCCAGAUCAAUUAGCUGAAAUACGAAAAGCAAGUAUGGCACGCCUUUUGUGCGACAAUGGUAACAAUAUUGCAUCCAUGCAACCACAAGCCUUCUUAACUAUUUCGAAAUCAAAUCCUGUUGUGCCAUGCUCUAAUAUACCACAAGUAGAUUUAACGAAAUGGAUUGACCAGAAACCGUAUUUGGCAGCAUCCUCGGCACCCUUGCAUGGUUAUGGAAAGUAAUAAAAUAGUUGUAAAUUAAUUUUAUUAAUGUGUGCUCACUUACUUGCGAUUUGUAUACUUUUCCUGAAUCUUUUGCUGAAGACAUUUCAAACUUCGAAGGCCACUUAAUGUAUGAUAUGUAUUUUUUUUUUAUUUAAUUUUUCUCUUUAAUUUUGUUUAUUUUAUUCUAAAUAUAAAUUUAUAUAUUUCCAAAUGUACUCGUAUUGUUUUUUAUAUUGUAUAUUUAGCGAUAACUACUUACUACCCACAUCAUGUAUCAGCAUUAUUGUUUUUAUUUGUUUUAGUUUCAAUUGUAAAUAUUAAUUUUAAUAAGAAUAACAUCAAUAUAUAAUUUUUUAAUGUACAAAAUAA